AUGAGGCAGCGCGUCCUGAACACGUCAGUUACCGUUGAAAAGCCAAGGUACCUGGAGAGCUUAGGCCGCCGUAGAUGCCACUAUUACCCCCAGAGCUCGUAUCUUGGAUGUGUACCGAACGUCUUCAGCGCUCGAGCAAUAUCCACCCGUUUCUGCCACCAUCUUGCCAGUCUAUUGAAUUCUAACAGCAAAGAAGCUAGCGCACCAUAUUAUUGGAGGCCAAGGUCACUGAUAUCUCAGCACGGGUACAGCAAGCCUGGGACGUUCGUGUUGUGUUCAAGACGUCGGGCCUAUCCUCCACCCUGGUUCCAAGGGCCAGGCCACACUAUGGACCGCGACCUGCAGGCCGCGAUUGAUGCCUCUAUGGAGGACGCAGUAAGAUCUCAAUCGAAUUUACGAAAGAAUAAAUCUUCAAUUGUGGAUCUUACUGGAGAUUCUGAUGAAGACGCGGGGCCUCGGACACAGAAUGCGCAGCGGACCUUGGAGGAAGCUGACUCCGAUGCAGAACUGCAGCAAGCCAUUCAACUGUCCCUGCAGAGCGCCGAACACCUGACAAACAGUGAUGAUGCUCAAAGGGCAGGAAGUGAUGAAACAUCAAGCAAGUCCGAACAUGCUGAGUCGAUGACUCCAUCGUCUGGAUUCGGAAUUCUAGGCUUUGACCGUAGAAAGAUGGAAGAAGAACGGCUGGCAAGGCUGGCAAAGAAGAGGAAGGCAGGAGACGACAGUUCUGCGCCAUCAGCAGCAAGACCGUUAAAGGCUUCAAAACAGGAGAUUUCGGUCCGAGGGCAGUCUACCGGCAAGCCGUCUUCAACUACAAACGCAGCUACAAGCAAACCUGUAGCGAUCUCGUCCGAACCGUCUAUACAGUUUCCUGACGGCGCAGUGAAGAAGACGUGGGCUUUUCGCUGCGAGAGAAAGAAUGAUAUAAAGAUCGAAGAGGUCUUUCAGCCAUCAGACUUGGAGCUGGCAGUCCUCAGCUCUUUUCUGUGGGACAUGGACUGGCUGCUCUUGAAGUUCACCAACCCCAAGACCAGGUUUCUAUUUAUCAUGGGUGCUAAGGGGGAGGAGAAGCAAAAACAACUGUUGGAGGAGACGGCCUCGAUGCCUAGGAUACGACUGUGUUUCCCGCCGAUGGAAGGGGAGGUCAAUUGCAUGCACUCGAAACUGAUGCUACUCUUCCACCCUGGAUAUCUCCGCAUCGUCACCCCAACUGCGAAUCUCGAUCCGUACGACUGGGGAGAAAAGGGCGGGGAGAUGGAGAACAUGCUAUUUCUGAUCGAUCUCCCCCGAAAGUCUGACGGCGGGACGGGCAUCGACGAUGCAACGCCAUUCAGGGACGAGCUUGUUUACUUUCUCAAAGCAUCGAACAUAAACGAGAAGAUCAUUGAUAAGAUGCUUCAGUUUGAUUUUCGCAAGACGACUAAAUAUGCUUUUGUGCAUACCAUCGGUGGCUCACAUAUAACCUCAUACGAGCGCACCGGUUACUGCGGCUUGGGCACAGCGGUUAAAUCACUUGGACUGCAAGUGUCACGUCCGUUGAAGCUGGACUACGUGACUUCAUCUGUCGGUGACGACGGGUCGAAACCGCCAUCGGCACGUGCAGGUAAACAGUCAAGCAAGGCCGGCAGUAAGAACGCCGCGACGAAUGACGAUGAGUGGCAAGACCGCGUGAAGGUACAUGUCAUGCGGGAUAAUCGCAGCGUGCGGGAGGGCCUGUUGAUGCACAGCAAGGGACCAUCGAGAGGGCAGACGAGUCUACGUGUCGCGGAUGGGCGUACGUCGGGAGUGCCAAUCUGUCAGAGAGUGCAUGAGAAGGAGAAGGCGGAUGAUGGUGAUGGUGAUGGCGACGGUGGUAGUGGUGGUAGUGGUGAUAAGACGGCUGGCGUAAGGGUGUCAUCUAUAGGAGAAGGGGAGGACCUUGCUGGCGUGUUUGGUGACAUCGUGCCUGUCCCGAUGCAACAGCCCGGACGCGAGUACGCACCAGGAGAGCGGCCGUGGUUCUACCUUGAACAUCAUUAA